CCGCACCCGCGUCACAACAGCCAUGUCCAAGACUGCCAUAAAGGAAGGCCUGAGAGAGUUGGUCCUGGAGUACAAAAGACAAAGGACUCUGAGGUAUAUUGAAAAACAAAAAGUAUUAUCAGAAAAAGUGUAUGCUUUUAUUAAUGGACUCUAGCAGAAGAAGAUUAAUGGAUACUCGGCAGAAUUUAUUAAUUAGCGGAAUUUAAUUAUUAUGUAUUAAUGGAUAGUUAGCAGGAGAAGAACACGGGAGGUUCUUCGUGGAUAGAUUUUACGCAUGGGCUAGAAGGUGUCCAUAACCAUUUAGGUUAAGACAUGAACGCCAGUGUUUUUAGCUUCACUAUAGCAGGAUAUUUUUCAACAAGAUAGGUGCAUUUAAUAUUUUACAACAGACUUUAAAGUCAAAUUAUUCAAGGAAACAAGCACUGAGUGGCCAAGUGCGAACAAUGGAGCGUUCUGCGUAAUGACCCGCGUUCAUGUACGUAACAAUGCUCAGGAAUGGAUCAAUUCUAAAAAUGUUGAACAGCAAAGUUUGUACUUGAGAGGAAGGCGAGUGUCCGACCACAACAAUGUCGGAUAGCGACGAAGACCACACCGAAGGCGAGGAUAACGUUUUUCUCAACCUGGUCGCGCGUGUCAUCCGGAAACCCCUCUACCGGUUUCCAGGGCAGUGGGGUCACGAGACCUACGAGCCACGGAUCUACAGAAGUCUGGGUACCAUCCUACGGAACGCGACCUCGGAAGAAUUCGAUGCUUUUAUAAUGGACUUUAUUGAUUUUGCGCGGACGGCUCAUGCGCGCCUGGACAUGCAGUUCUACAUGGAGUUCAUUAACGUGUGCACCAAUACCAUCCUGCACUGGGUGUUUGCGCGCAGGCGCAGCGCCGACAUAGUCCGGAAGCUGAUGGAGAGGACGUCGGUGUUUCUGCAGGACCAGACUAACAACCUGGCCAUAGCAUGGAGAUGUUUCACACCCAUCUACAGCCCCAGCCCCAUGGGCGGGGUGACCCCACUGAUGUUCGUGGCCCAGAACAGGCAGUGUGAAGUGCUGAAGGUGUUGCUGCAGUAUGGGAUGCUGGAGAGGAGACCCACCUACAUCAUCAUCUCUGUCCUGUUUAGCCCCCCGAGACUGGAGGCGCUGGAUGAACGCUGUCACGCCACCGUCACCAGGGAACUCAGGGACUGUAUGGCUCUCUGCUUCAGGGUGCUCAGCCAUGUAUCCAUGUCUGAUAUAGAGAUGCAGAUUGUGUACGGUCGUAAGCCCCUGAUUGAUGACUGGCGAGACCACAUCCCCCCAAGUCGCUACAAGGACCCCUGUGAACUGACCCACCUCUGUCGUAUGGUGGUUCGGACCUCUCUGCUGGCCAGGGGCCGCUUACCGGACGGCAUCAAGUCGCUACCACUCCCUACACUCCUCCAAGGCUACCUCAACCUGGAGAGCUGAGCUGGCUAUGGGGCAUCGAGUUUUACCUGGUCUUGGUGAGGUCAUGUGGUCUGGGAAAAACUCCUGGCUCUGCUAUUAAAACAACCAGGAGGAUGGAGUUUCUCUGUCUGUUAAUAAAGUGGAGAUCAAAUCAAAGCAAAGCAAAUCAAAUCAAAGCAAAGUGUCUUUUAUGAGUCCCUUUUAACAUCAGUCACAAAGUGCUUUACAGUCAGUUACCCUUAACAAGUUCUACAGCUGCACCAUCGAGAGCAUCUUGACUGGCUGCAUCGCCGCCCGAGUCAGUUACCCUUAACAAGAGUUCUACAGCUGCACCAUCGAGAGCAUCUUAACUGGCUGCAUCGCCGCCUGAGUCAGUUACCCCACUUAAACCAUAAAGAGCAGAAGCAGAAAAAACUGUCUAGAAAGAAGAAGAAACCUGUAGGGAGAAACGCCUGAGGAACCCAUCCUCUAUUGGCUGGACUGGUUAUGUGGCCAUUACAGGGUCCUGGGUGUCCACAUCACCAGGAAACUAUCAUGGUCCAAGCACACCAACACAGUCGUGAAGAAGCACAACAAAACCUCUUCCCCCCCCCCUCAGGAGGCUGAAAAGAUGUGUCAUGGGCCCUCAGAUCCUUAACAAGUUCUACAGCUGCACCAUCGAGAGCAUCUUGACUGGCUGCAUCGCCAGUCAAGUGGUUCGGCAUCCGACCGCAAAGGCGCUACAGAGGGUAAUGAGUACGGCCCAGGACAUCACUGGGGCCGAGACCCCUGCCAUCCAGGAACUCUAUACCAGGCGGUGUCAGAGGAAGGACAAAGACUCCAGUUAUAGAUAAUUCUCUCUGCUGCCGCACGGCAAGCGGUACCGAUGCACCAAGUCUGGAACCAACAGGAACCUGAACAGCUUCUACCCCCCAAGCCAUAAGACUGUUAAAUAGUUCUCUGCAUUGACCCAUUUUGCACUAAGUGUUUUGAAUCAUCACAUAAGCUGCUACUACCGUCUAUUAUGUAUCCUGUUAGUCACUUAACCCCUACCUGUAUGUGCAUACUGUAUAUACCUCAAUUACCUCGUACCCGUCGACUUGGUUCUGGUAACCCAUAUAUCCAGUGGGGAGAAUUUGAUUUUUUUUGUAGUAUUUGAUACACUGCCGAUUUUGCAGGUUUUCCUACUUACAAAGCAUGUAGAGGUCUGUAAUUUUUUAUCAUAGGUACACUUCAACUGUGAGAGACGGAAUUUGUACUGGUUGGUAGGUGAUCAAAUACUGAUGUCAUGCAAUAAAAUGCUAAUUAAUUACA